CCGGCUACGGCGUGGGACUGCGAACGGUCUUUCCCUGUGGCUGCUUCCCUCAUCCAAGGCGGCCGUCAGUCAUGGAGCAGGACCCGCGGACGCUGCCUCCCUCCCCCAACUGGUACUGCUCCCGCUGCAGCGAUGCUGUGCCCGGGGGCCUCUUUGGCUUCGCUGCGCGGACCUCCGUCUUCCUAGUCCGCGUGGGCCCUGGCGCGGGCGCGACCCUUGGGACGCCCCCGUUUCGAGUCAUAGGAGAGUUAGUGGGACACACCGAAAGGAUCUCUGGCGUCACGUUUUCUCAUCACCCUGGUCAAUACAAUCUCUGUGCCACCAGCUCUGAUGACGGGACUGUGAAAAUCUGGGAUGUAGAGACAAAAACAGUUGUGACAGAACAUGCACUCCACCAGCAUACAAUAUCAGCACUGCAUUGGUCUCCUCUAGUAAAGGACUUAAUAGUGUCUGGGGAUGAAAAAGGAGUAGUUUUCUGUUACUGGUUUAACAGAAAUGACAGCCAGCACCUCUUUAUAGAACCCAGGACAAUUUUCUGUCUCACUUGCUCACCUCAUCAUGAAGAUUUAGUAGCUGUUGGCUACAAGGAUGGCAUAGUGGUUAUAACUGACAUCAGUAAGAAAGGAGAAGUUAUUCACAGGCUUCGAGGCCAUGAUGAUGAAAUUCACUCCAUAGCCUGGUGUCCCCUGCUUGGUGAAGAUUGCUUAUCUGUAAACCAAGAGGAAAAUUCAGAACCUGAAGUUCCUAAUGGGAAAGUUACAGCACAAAUUCCAGUAACAAGAGGAUGUUAUUUAGCCACUGGAAGCAAAGAUCAGACCAUUCGAAUCUGGAGCUGUUCUAGAGGCCGAGGGGUGAUGAUUUUGAAAUUACCCUUUCUGAAGAGAAGAGGAGGGGGUACAGACCCAACUGUUAAAGAGCGCCUUUGGUUGACACUCCAUUGGCCCAGUAAUCAGCCAACACAGCUGGUAUCCAGUUGUUUUGGAGGUGAAUUGCUACUAUGGGAUCUCACCCAAUCUUGGAGAAGGAAAUACACUGUCUUUAGCACUUCAUCAGAAGGGCAAAAUCAUUCAAGAAUUGUGUUUAAUUUAUGUCCGCUACAAACUGAGGAUAACAAACAGCUGCUGCUUUCCACCUCAAUGGACAGAGAUGUAAAAUGUUGGGACAUGACCACCCUGGAGUGCUGUUGGACCCUGCCUUCCCUUGGUGGCUUUGCCUAUAGCCUGGCUUUCUCUCCUGUGGAAAUAGGCUGUUUGGCCAUAGGUGUUGGGGAUGGCAUGAUCCGUGUAUGGAAUACACUCUCCAUAAAGAACAACUAUGAUGUGAAAACGUUUUGGCAGGGUGUCAAGUCCAAGGUUACAGCGCUGUGCUGGCACCCAAACAAGGAAGGUUGCUUGGCUUUUGGAACUGAUGACGGAAAAGUGGGAUUAUAUGACACCUACUCCAACAAACCUCCACAGAUUUCUAGCACAUAUCAUAAGAAGACUGUGUACACUUUAGCCUGGGGGCCACCAGUACCCCCCAUGUCACUUGGAGGAGAAGGAGACAGACCUUCCCUUACUUUAUACAGCUGUGGAGGGGAAGGGAUUGUCUUACAGCAUAACCCCUGGAAGCUUAGUGGAGAGGCCUUUGACAUCAACAAACUCAUCAGGGACACCAAUUCAAUCAAAUACAAAUUGCCUGUACACACAGAGAUCAGCUGGAAAGCAGAUGGCAAAAUUAUGGCUCUUGGCAAUGAAGAUGGAUCAAUAGAAAUAUUUCAGGUUCCCAAUUUGAAACUGAUCUGUACCAUCCAGCAGCAUCACAAGCUUGUGAAUACCAUUAGCUGGCAUCAUGAACAUGGCAGCCAGGCAGAGCUGAGCUAUCUGAUGGCCUCUGGCUCCAACAAUGCAGUCAUUUAUGUGCACAAUCUGAAGGCAGUCAUAGAAAGCAGCCCUGAGUCUCCAGUCACCGUUACAGAGCCCUACCGGACUCUAUCAGGGCAUACAGCCAAGAUCACCAGUCUGGCGUGGAGCCCACAUCAUGAUGGAAGGCUGGUAUCUGCUUCCUAUGAUGGUACAGCCCAGGUGUGGGAUACCCUCCGGGAAGAGCCUCUGUGCAAUUUCCGAGGACAUCGAGGUCGACUGCUUUGUGUGGCAUGGUCCCCAUUGGAUCCGGACUGCAUCUACUCAGGGGCAGAUGACUUCUGUGUGUACAAAUGGCUCAUUUCCAUGCAAGAUCAUUCUCGGCCUCCUCAAGGCAAAAAGAGUAUUGAAUUAGAGAAAAAACGGCUUUCUCAACCUAAGCCAAAACCCAAAAAGAAGAAAAAGCCCACCUCAAGAGCACUUGUAAAGCAAGAAUCGUUUGACGGGAAUGAAGAAGAAAGCAUAAAGGAGAACAUAGGACCUGUUGAGAAUGGCGUGUCAGACCAGGAGGGGGAGGAGGAAGCACGGGAGCCAGAGUUACCCUGUGGCCUCGCUUCAGAGGUUUCUAGAGAACCAGUUGUCUGCACUCCAGUUUCUCCAGGCUUUGAAAAGUCAAAAGUUACCAUUAAUAACAAAGUCACAUUACUGAAAAAGGAGCUGCCUAAAGAAAAGCCAGAAGUGUUAAUCAAGAAGAAAAAAGCUCGUUCCAUGCUUCCUCUGAGUACAAGCCUGGACCACAGGUCCAAAGAGGAGCUUCAUCAGGACUGUUUGAUACUAGCAACUGCAAAACACUCCAAAGAGCUAAAUGAGGAUGUAUCUGCCGAUCUUGAGGAAAGAUUUCAUCUGGGGCUUUUCACAGACAGGGCUUCCCUGUAUAGAAUGAUUGAGAUUGAAGGAAAAGGUCACUUGGAAAAUGGCCACCCUGAGUUAUUUCACCAGCUCAUGCUUUGGAAGGGAGAUCUCAAAGGUGUUCUCCAGACCGCAGCAGAAAGAGGGGAGCUGACAGACAAUCUCGUGGCUAUGGCACCAGUAGCUGGCUACCAUGUAUGGCAGUGGGCCGUGGAAGCUUUUGCCAAACAGCUGUGUUUUCAAGAUCAGUAUGUGAAGGCUGCCUCUCACCUGCUUUCCAUCCACAAAGUGUAUGAAGCUGUGGAGCUUCUCAAGUCAAACCAUUUUUACAGGGAAGCUAUUGCAGUUGCCAAGGCUCGGCUGCGCCCAGAGGACCCAAUCCUGAAGGACCUGUACCUCAGCUGGGGAACCAUCCUAGAAAGAGAUGGCCAUUAUGCUGUAGCAGCCAAAUGCUAUUUAGGGGCUGCUUCCGCUUACGAUGCAGCCAAAGUUUUAGCCAAAAAGGGGGACGCAGCAUCCCUUAGAACAGCUGCAGAGUUGGCUGCAGUCAUAGGAGAGAAUGAGUUGUCUGCUUCCCUGGCUCUCAGAUGUGCCCAAGAGCUUCUUCUGGCCAGGAACUGGGUAGGAGCCCAGGAAGCCCUGCAGCUACAUGAAAGUCUACAGGGUCAGAGACUGGUGUUUUGCCUUCUUGAGCUACUAUUCAGGCGGCUGGAGGAAAAGCAUCUUUCCGAGGGCAAAAGCUCUUCCUCUUCUUACCACGUUUGGACCGCAGGCACUGAAGGGCCCUUUGUGGAGAGGUUGACUGCAGUUUGGAAGAGCAUCUUCGGCCUUGACACCCUAGAGCAGUAUCAGGCAGCCUUUCAGAAGCUGCAAAACAUCAAGUAUCCAUCUGCUACAAAUAACACUCCCUCCAAACAGCUCCUGUUUCACAUUUGCCAUGACUUGACCUUGGCGGUGCUGAGCCAACAGAUGGCCUCCUGGGACGAGGCUGUGCAAGCACUGCUUCGGGCUGUGGUCCGGAGUUACGACUCAGGGAACUUCACCAUCAUGCAGGAAGUGCACUCAGCCUUUCUCCCAGAUGGCUGUGACCACUUUAGAGACAAACUGGGUGACCAUCAGUCCCCCACCACACCAGCUUUUAAAAGUUUGGAGGCCUUUUUUAUUUAUGGGCAUCUCUAUGAAUUCUGGUGGUCUCUCUCCAGGCCUUGCCCCGAAUCUGGUGUCUGGGUAAGGACUGGGCACAGAAGUACACCCUCUGUUGAGCAAAGCCAGCAGUUGGAUAAUGCCAGCACUGAAGAAACUGACCCUGAAACUUCAUGUCAACUAGAGCAAAGCAGGCCCCCAGAACUAGACUUGAGACUCACAGAAGAAAGUGAGCGAAUGCUGAGUGCUUGUAAGGUGCUCUUUUCAGAAAAGCAUGCCAGCCUUCAAAACUCACAGAGAACUGUUGCUGAAGUCCAGGAGACCUUGGCAGAAAUGAUCCGCCAACACCAGAAGAAUCAACUCUGUAAAUCCGCAGCAGAUGGUCCUGAUAAGAAUGAAUCUGAACGGGAAGCAGAACAGUCCCUCUCUAAUCUGCAGAGCCAGUGUAAAGAAGAAAAAAAUGAGCCAGUUUCUUUGCCUGAAUUAACCAAAAGGCUUACAGAGGCAAAUGAGAGAAUGGCUAAAUUUCCUGAGAGUAUUAAGACCUGGCCCUUCCCAGAUGUGCUGGAGUGCUGCCUCGUCCUACUUCGCAUUGGGUCUCAGUGUCCUGGCUAUGUGACCCAGGAAAUGCAGCAACAGGCCCAGGAGCUCCUCCAGAAAUACGGCAGUACUAAAGCUUACAAAAGACACUGCCAUACCUUCUGCACGUGAACUUUCAAAGGCCUUGAAGAAACCAUGCCAAAUUCAAAACAUUUGACACCUUUCACCUCUGCAAUUACACCUUGCCAGAUGCUCACUCUGAUCCAUAGAUGUAUUUGCAGUAAUCCAAAAUGAGGGUUAAGUUUGAAUUAACUCUGUCUACCCUUAGAUGCUGUGGAAUCUGACUUUGGUCUCAAUUGUCGUUUCCUGCUGGAGGAAAGACCAUGAAGAGCCAGCAGUAGUUAUUCAGAACUAAUACCUGUCGAGUGAUAGUUGAUCAUCUCUAAAGCCUUAUUAUGCAGGUUUCACCCAAAGAGGAGAAACUUUUCUAAUCACCCAAAGUGUUAUGUUUUUAAACACAAACUACCUUUAUAAAUAUUUCACCUGCUUGAUCAUAAACCUGUCAUUCUUGUUUGAGAUAGAAGAGCUGCAUUUUAUGGCUAUUGGAGUAGUUUUUUCAACUGUUUUGUUUACCCAGGCUCUCUCCCCUUUACUUUUUCAAAGAUUGAAGUUUGAAUGUGAAGUAGGCCUUGUCCAUCAUGUUGACUCUUUACCCUGUGUCUGAGCAUUAGGUUGAAAAUUUGGUUUCAUUGUUUUAUUUAUGUAAUUGCUUGUUUGGACAAACCACGUACUAAAGCUUUAGAAACAACUAA